CUCCUGGGAGAUGUAGUCCCGGGAGCAGCUGGCCCCUGCGACUCGCGGGUGUGACGUUGAAGAUGUCGGCCCUCUGAGCCGACUUUGGUGGUCAAGAGGUGGGUGUGUUUGGAAACUGGGUGGUGAGAGUAGCGAGGAUGCGGGUGAAGAAAACCUAAGGGCCCCAAAUUCAACAUAAGCGAGGUUUGGGGGCUGUCAGCAAGGUACAGACCUACUUCAAAUCGGGGCGCAGAGCGUUGGGGGUGGGGGAAGGCGCAAGCUCCCCGGCCAAUCAGACACGAACAACCUCAGCCCAACUCUGGAGGCCCCGCCCCCUUCCCCACCCCACGGAAAGGGGAGGAGCUUGGGCUGUUUGAAUGGCUUUGGGAUGGAGCAGGGGAGAGAGUGGCUCCGUUUGCCUCCCCGCUUUGGUGAUGCUGUGCGAGCGGCUUUGGGGGCCCUGGGGACGUCCGAGUCACUGAGGGUGGGCUGGGACUCGGGGCCCGCGUCCCAUCUCCCCGCCGAUUGGUCCGCCCCCCCUGCGAGGUGAGGUCCUCCGGGAUUCCUAGAGAGGACGCGGAAGUGCUUGGGGGGGUGGGAUCUAACGGUUUAACCCCGUUGGACAGGGCAAGAUUGGACUUGGUUACUUCCGGCGAGGAAGUGUUGGGAAGUGUCGGCUUCGGUUUCUCUCCGUGGGAAGAACCGCAUCUUCCCAGCCUCGGCUGCGGGGAGCUUGAUGUUCCAGGAGAGCUCCCCUAGAGUGGGGCCUUGAGGGGAGGGGGCAGGGGCUUCGUGACUGGACGGGGGUCCUGUCCCUAACCUUGACCGGGCCACAGUCUCUGUAUCUCGGGGUCAGGGGCCAUUCUGAGGAAUCCAGGUCCAGAUCUGUACCUUAUAAACGCUGCUUCUCUUUGGGACCGAUGGAGUCUCCCCUUGGCCUUUCAAGCUCUUGUAGCUUAGAGAACAGGCUCAGUUUUGACCAUUAUGAUGAUUUUCACCCUUAUUCCGACUUAAGUUCGUCUUAUGGUAGAGAGAAAGAGCGGCUGCGUCUGUACUAGUUAGUCUCGUCCCGUUAUUUAUAUGGAAUGUAAAGUUCUUCACUCUAAAACUGUGUUUUACGUUGGGCCUGAUGUCAGAUUUGUAUGGCUCUCUUUUACACUUCUAAAAUGUUGGGGAUAUUCCUUAUUACUUAUCAUUUUGUGGGUGAAGUGAUGGCUACCUUGUAGUACCUAUUUUUAAGUAAUUACUUUGUUGAGUGGUCGUCUUUAGUAUAGAUGACCUCUUUGCCAUCUGUCUUUGCUAAUAAUGAUGCCCAAUACAUCAGUAGGUUGCAUGCUACUGAAAGUGUCCUUCAGAAGAUCUUAAAGAGCAGAAAACCAAUUGGUUCAGUGUAACACAGCCAGCCUCGAGGACUUCCCUCUGAGUUGGAAUGAUAAUGACCGAAUCCCGAGAAGUUAUAGACUUAGACCCCCCAGCUGAGACUUCCCAGGAGCAGGAAGACCUUUUCAUAGUGAAGGUGGAAGAAGAAGACUGCACCUGGAUGCAGGAGUACAACCCGCCAACGUUUGAGACUUUUUACCAGCGCUUCAGGCACUUCCAGUACCAUGAGGCUUCAGGACCCCGGGAGGCUCUCAGCCAACUCCGGGUGCUCUGCUGUGAGUGGCUGAGGCCCGAGCUGCACACGAAGGAGCAGAUCCUGGAGCUGCUGGUGCUGGAGCAGUUCCUGACCAUCCUGCCUGAAGAGUUCCAGCCCUGGGUGAGGGAACAUCACCCUGAAAGUGGAGAAGAGGCGGUGGCCGUGAUAGAAAAUAUACAGCGAGAACUUGAGGAACGCAGACAGCAGAUUGUUGCCUGCCCUGAUGUGCUUCCUCGGAAGAUGGCACCACCUGGAGCAGUGCAGGAGUCCUGCAGCCCCCAGCCCCUGACCGUGGACACCCAGCCUGAGCAAGCGCCACAGAAGCCUCGUCUGCUGGAGGAAAAUGGUUAUGAGUCCAGGGACAAUAUGGAGCUCAUAGUGAAGCAGAUUUCUGAUGACUCUGAAUCACACUGGGUGGCGCCAGAACACACCGAAAGGAGCAUUCCUCAGGAUCCAGACUUUGCAGAAGUCAGUGACCUUAAAGGCAUGUUACAAAGGUGGCAGGUCAACCCCACUGUGGGGAAAUCAAGGCAGAAUCCUUCCCAGAAAAGGGAUCUGGAUGCAAUCACAGACAUCAGCCCUAAGCAAAGCACACAUGGCGAGAGAGGGCACAGAUGCAGCGAUUGUGGCAAAUUCUUCCUCCAAGCCUCAAACUUUAUUCAGCAUCGGCGCAUCCACACUGGAGAAAAACCGUUUAAGUGCGGAGAAUGUGGGAAGAGCUACAAUCAGCGGGUGCACCUCACCCAGCACCAGCGUGUCCACACAGGGGAGAAACCCUACAAAUGUCAGGUGUGCGGAAAGGCUUUCCGGGUGAGUUCCCACCUGGUUCAGCACCACAGUGUCCACAGCGGAGAGAGGCCCUACGGCUGCAAUGAGUGUGGGAAGAACUUCGGUCGCCAUUCGCAUCUGAUCGAACACCUAAAACGCCACUUCAGGGAGAAAUCCCAGAGAUGCAGUGACAAAAGAAGUAAGAACACAAAAUUAAGUGUUAAGAAGAAAAUUUCAGAAUAUUCAGAAGCAGACAUGGAACUAUCUGGAAAAACCCAAAGAAAUGUUUCUCAAGUUCAAGAUUUUGGAGAAGACUGUGAGUUUCAAGGCAAGCUGGAUAGAAAGCAGGGAAUUCCCAUGAAAGAGAUACUAGGACAACCGUCUUCAAAGAGGAUGAACUACGGUGAAGUCCCAUAUGUCCACAAAAAAUCCUCCACUGGAGAGAGACCACAUAAAUGUAACGAGUGUGGGAAAAGCUUCAUUCAGAGUGCACAUCUUAUUCAACAUCAAAGAAUACACACUGGGGAGAAACCAUUCAGGUGUGAGGAAUGUGGGAAAAGCUACAACCAACGCGUGCACCUAACUCAGCAUCAGCGCGUCCACACAGGUGAGAAGCCCUACACCUGUCCCUUAUGUGGGAAAGCCUUCAGAGUGAGGUCCCACCUUGUUCAGCAUCAGAGCGUGCACAGUGGGGAGAGACCCUUCAAGUGUAACGAAUGUGGGAAAGGCUUUGGGAGGCGUUCCCACCUGGCUGGACAUCUUCGACUCCACUCCCGAGAGAAAUCCCAUCAGUGUCGUGAAUGUGGGGAAAUCUUUUUUCAGUAUGUUAGCCUAAUUGAACAUCAGGUGCUCCACAUGGGUCAGAAAAAUGAAAAAAAUGGCAUCUGUGAGGAAGCAUAUAGUUGGAACUUGACAGUGAUUGAAGACAAGAAGAUUGAGUUACAAGAGCAGCCUUAUCAGUGUGAUAUCUGUAGAAAAGCCUUUGGUUAUAGCUCAGACCUCAUUCAGCAUUACAGAACUCAUACAGCAGAGAAGCCCUAUCAAUGUGAUAUAUGUAGAGAAAAUGUUGGCCAGUGUUCCCACACCAAACAACAUCAAAAAAUCUACUCCAGCACAAAAUCCCAUCAAUGUCAUGAAUGUGGCAGAGGCUUCACUCUGAAGUCACAUCUUAAUCAACAUCAGAGAACCCAUACUGGUGAGAAACCUUUUCAAUGUAAAGAAUGUGGAAUGAAUUUCAGCUGGAGUUGUAGCCUCUUUAAACACCUGAGAAGCCAUGAGAGGACAGAUCCCAUAAAUACCUUAAGUGUAGAGGGGUCUCUGUUGUAGAAUAGCUCUUAAUUUUAGAGAAGCCUUCCUGAAGGGAAACCAUACUCCUAUAAUGAGCAAAGUAACAACAUCAAGCAUUUUUCCAACGUUACCAUCAAACUCAAAAAUAGGUUGAAAUCCUUUAGUUAGAACUCAGCCUUUAGGAACACCGGACAACCCACAAUAAUAGAUAUCUUUUCAUGUUCCCCAUUGAGAAAUGCUUUAGUUAGCAUCUUCAUGCUUAGGAAUCUAGACAAGAAGAGAAUCCAUGGAUGGACAUGGUCGAGGAAUUCGGAAAGCCUGCAGUUGACAUUCAGUCUUCACUUGAAACUCAAAACUGACACUAGGAACAGCCUCAUGAGUUCAGUAGAAGUAAGCUUUAUUUGUAGCUUCUGCCUUGUUUGACGGCGUAUCUAUUCAGGGAAGCGCACAGUAAAAGAAUUCUUUAGCAUGAUGUCUGUUUUGGUACCUCAGCAAUGAACCUUUUCUAGAAAUUAUUAUUCCAACCACUAGAAUACCCUAGUCACUAUUCCCACUUUGAGCAUUAACCCCUUUGAAAAGAAAUGGACUUAAAGUAUCUCUGUUUUGGCAAAAUUCAGGUUCAGGGGCUGGAUGGUAUGUGUUUCUGCUGCCUUAUUCAAGCCACCACUUCUCUGUGAAACACUCUACCUUGUUUUUGGUUUGAUUCUACUGAUGUCAGGGUUUAGCCAGUAGAAGGAGGAGUUCAGUUUGUCGAUUCAGGAGAAACUGUGCUGGUCAGUCACAUCUUACGGCAAAGGGAGAGGGACCUUAGGGGAACAGAGAAGACAGGCAAAGCUGUGGACUGUUUGAUCUUGUAUUACCCACAGGAAUGAGGGCAGCUAAACCCAUAGAAGGAAUUGGACCAAGGCGAAUUACGAGUCCUGGUCCCAGCAGUAUGUGUGCUGACUCCUGGGUGCCCCAGAAAUAGACCUCUCCUGUAGAGUGGUGAUAUACAGAAUGAGUUUCAGUUUGCAUUGCAGCUGGGAUUGAAAGUAAUCAGUCAUGAGCAGGCAGGCAGGAGGUCCUGUUAGCCCUGCCUUCCAGGAAGGUUGGGGUGGGAGUUUUGAGUGGGAAAGAGGAUGACAUGCAUGAGAGAGUUCUCCUGAGCCUGUUUGCUAGGGAGAGUGAGUGAGUGCUCUUGGGCACUGCUCAGGCCCUGUUUCUGCUGACUUGCCUGGCUUACAAUAAAUGCCCAAUAAAUAUUUGUUGACCGUA